AUGGCUGCGAUGCUGCAGCGGACCUACGAAGGCGUAGAUCACGGCGACGGAAGCAGUCUUACAGCAUCGACUACGACUUCUAUGGAGCAAGUUUUCGCCCACUUGGUUUCCCUGGCUCGUUAUCCUAAUAAGAGUCAGACCCGUCUUCACGAAGGCGUGAGGCACAAGAGGGGGAAUUGUGUCACGGGGCGCUAUGGAACGUGGCCAGGCGGCCAGUUUACGGACGAAGGCGGCGUCGCUUACAACGGCUCCCGCGAUUUUAUCCCUUUGGAUUUGAACAUGGACUACACAUUCGAUAGUAUCGCAGCCGGCGAGAGCAUCAUUAUCAGCGUGCCACUGCGGAACAACGGCGCGGCGCCGGCCUUGAUAUGGAGAACGUGUGCCCGCUCGUACUGUACACAGGCGGCAACAUGGUCGACUCGUGGGCGCGCCCUUCUUCACCGCCGCUUUCGUCGCUUUCGACGAGACCCACAACUCUAUCUACCUCGCUAA